AUGUCGAGUCUGGGACCGUCCGGCUCCAAUGCCCACGGGUUGAACUUCUCGCAAGCUGGCCUCCGGCGAAGUGCUGGAUUUCCUCCAACCCACGCAAAUCAGCAUCAGCAUCAACCUACCAAGCAAUCUCCGGCUCCCCACGCCGCGUCGCCAUACCAACCCCAGGGCUACACGCCUCAGCAGCCUCCCCAAGGCACAUAUCCGCCGCAUCUCUUUGCACCACAGGUCAAUCCUAACAUUCCCAACGGCCAUCCACCUUCGCGAACUCCAAACUCACACAUACCGCAAAAUGCCCUCGGUGUUCAGCGGCAGAGGGCGGCGCCGCCGAGGCAGCAGAUGCCGCCUCAGCCCAAUCCGCCACCCAUGAUGUUCCCGACGUCCAUGAGUCAGUCGGUCCAGCAUGAUCCAAUUCUAUCCCAUCAACACCAGCAGCAACAUCCUUCCCAUCAAGGCCACCCUGCGCAUCCCAGCCAUCAGCAACACGCAUCUCAUCACCAACAGCAAGGGCAUCAACAACACCCAGGACAACACCCAGGACACCAACCUCAUCAACAGCAGCAACAGCAGCAGCAGCAGCAGCAUCAACAACAUCAGCAGCACCAACAACAUCAGCACCAACAGCAUCCAGCACAUCCGACACACCCGGCACACCCGGCACACCCGGCGCAUCCUGCCCAUCAAGCUCACCAGACUCAUCCAGGCCAUCCAGGCCACCAGGGACGCCAAAGUGUCCAGUCUCACCAGACUCAUGGCCGCUCGCAACAGUCAACGCCGCAGCAGCAGCAGCAGCCGCAGCCGCAACAGCCGCAACAACAACCGCAACAACCGCCUCAGCAGCAACAGCAACAACAACAACAACAGCAGCAGCAGCAGCAGCAGCAGCAGCAGCAGCAGCCACCGCAAGCUCAGGUAACGCCUCAGCCUACUCCACAGCAGUCAACGCCUCAGCCGCCUCAGCAACAAAUUCCACCACAGCAAAUACCACAGCAGCAGCAACAACCGCCUCCUCCUCAGCAGCAACAAGUCCAGCAGGUCCAGCAAGUCAACCAGGUACAGGCAUCCCCCCAGCAGCCCGCUGCUCAGGUUCCCCAACAGCAGGGAAAUCAUGCGGGCAGUGAGAUGGAUGUGGACGGUCAAGAUGGAGACACGUCAGAAGUCAACGGUCUCGACUCAAAGCUCCUAAACGACCCUUCCUACGUUCCCACACAGCCUAUGGGAGAAAUGAUGUCUCCCCCGCCCGAAGGAGGUAGCUUUCCAACACUAGAAGCUGUGCAAAAGGCCGUCCUGCGUUAUUGUACAUCUGUUGGCUACGCGAUUGUUAUUGGUCGCUCCAAGAAAACGGUGCCCGGUCUCAAGAAGGUCCUGUUUGUUUGCGACCGCGCUGGCAAGCCACCCAGUAGGGUGAGUCCGGAAUUCCGCAAGCGCAAGACAUCAUCGAGGAAAUGCGACUGUCCCUUUGGCUUUUUCGCCAUUGAACAGCGUACCCAGUGGACGAUCCGCUACCGCCCCGACCCGACGCAUCUGCAGCACAAUCACGGGCCGAGUGAGAGUCCUUCCAACCAUCCCGCCGCCCGAAAACUCGAUAGCAAGAUGGUGGCGGCUGUCAAGCAGCUGAAGGAAAACGGGGCAGGCGUAUCCGAAACACUCCAGAUUCUGCAAACCGAAAACCCGGACUGUCAUUUGCUGCCGAGGGACAUAUACAAUGCAAGAGCAGCCAUAAAUCGAAACCCACAAAAGGUGGCGACGGGACUUGCGGAGAACAGGCCGGCGAUAUACACAAAACCUCAGCAAUCGCCAGAGGACAGGAUUCGUGCAGACCUUCGCAGAGAGCUGGCAAAGGCACGAGAGGAUUUGCAGAAGAUUGAAGAGGAGAAACAAAAGGAAAUCGACGCGCUCAAGAGCCAACUGGAAGCAAAAGAGAAGCUCAUCAAGAGAUUCGAGAUGUUUAUUGACAUAUGUAACGAGCGGGUCAUGGUUCAACGAGAGAGACUGGCAGGGCCAGAUGGCAACUUGGCAAUUGGCGGAAACUCGGUGGUGUGA